AUGCUAUUGGCGUUCAGAGUUGUAGAGGGCAACGUCAUUGUCAGUUUCAUCGUCGACCCCGUUGUGGAUGAGGUUGAGCUAGAGCUUACCCCGGAUACUACCACGCAACACCCCUUCGACGGAGAGUUGGCCCAUGUCCCGAGGCCAGGCUUUCUCUUCAAAGUGCUGUCUGUCCGCAACCCAACGAUUGUGUCGGUAAAAGUUGACUUGUUUGUUUACAGCAAAUGGGCUCUGGGCUCGCCAAAAGUUGCGCUGUUGGGCUGGGACGGGUUCAUGCACACUUCAGUGCUAGACUUAUGCGAUGAAGAGCAGCGAGUCGCAUCCAGCCUCGAAAUACUCUUGUCGCAGUAUCGAUCCUACGGCGAAGGAAUACGAAGUUGCACCGAGGAAUAG